AUGUCUGCCGCGAAGCAGCGAAGCAAGUCCCGAGUCAAGACUAACUCUCGCUCAAUUAGAGCCCAACUUCAGUUCCCAGUUGGUCGAAUCCACCGCCUGCUCCGCAACGGCAACUACGCUGAGCGGGUCGGGGCCGGCGCGCCCGUGUACCUGGCGGCCGUGCUGGAGUACCUGACGGCCGAGAUCCUGGAGCUGGCGGGCAACGCGGCGCACGACAAUAGGAAGACGCGCAUCGUUCCCCACCACCUGCAGCUGGCCAUCCGCAACGACGAGGAGCUCAACAAGCUGCUCGGAGGUGUGACCAUCGCGCAGGGCGGCGUGCUGCCCAACAUCCAGGCUGUGCUGCUGCCCAAGAACACCCAGAGCUACCACUAG